UUUUAUUUUGGUCAUCGUAAAAGUUGUGAAAGGUAGUCGAAACACAUGUAUAAUUCUAAUUAAAUAUCAAUAUUCAUAUUAAAAAGUUAUAACUGGAGUAGGUACCUAGUGAAAAUAUUCGGUACUGGUACUUCAUAAUUCGGUACUACUCAGUACUCAUUCAUACGUGCGUUGGCGCCAUUAAAGUGCAGUUUACAAAUUUGCUAAAAUGAGACAAGUAAGGACUAUUUUAGUAGUUACAGUGAUUAUGAUAAUUAUUAUAACUGGAAUAGAAGCGAAGAAGAAGAAAAGUAAAAAAUAUAGUAAAGAAAUGAUUUUGAGGCAAAAAGAAACAAAUGCAGUGAAUUUUAUAAGAUUGGCAGUCAUGAGGAUAAUUUACGGCAUAGCAACAAGAAUUGGAUUUGGUGAGCAAAUUUCAGAUGCCAUGAAUGGAGCAUUUGUACCACCUGGCACAGAUUAUGAAUAUGAUGAUUUCGAUGACGACGACUAUGAUAUUGAUUAUUAGAAGUUACAGAAGUUGUUAGAAGUGUACAAAAUUAUUUAUUUAUAUUAGGUAUUUAUUAUAUUUAUUAAAUAUGUCUCUAUGUA